CUGCGGCGAGGGCGGGUGGCCAUGGCGUACUCCACCGUGCAGAGGGUGGCCCUGGCCUCGGGGCUCGUCCUGGCUGUGUCGCUGCUUCUGCCCAAGGCCUUUUUGUCCCGCGGAAAGCGGCAGGAGCCACCGCCGGCUCCCGAAGGGAAGUUGGGUCGAUUUCCACCUAUGAUGCAUCAUCACCAGGCACCCUCAGAUGGCCAGACCUCUGGGGCUCGCUUCCAGAGGUCUCACCUUGCAGAGGCCUUUGCAAAGGCUAAAGGACCAGGUGGAGGCACUGGAGGAGGAGGUAGUGGAAGAGGCCUGAUGGGGCAGAUUAUUCCAAUCUACGGUUUUGGGAUUUUUUUAUAUAUACUAUACAUUUUAUUUAAGCUCUCAAAGGGGAAAAGUACUGCAGAGGAUCGGAAGUGCUCUACUGCCACACCUGGAAGCACCCACAGGAAAAUUACCAAUUUUGAGCUUGUUCAACUACAAGAAAAACUGAAGGAGACAGAGGAAGCCAUGGAAAAACUAAUCAACAGAGUGGGGCCUAAUGGUGAGAGCAGAGCACAGGCCGUGACUUCUGACCAAGAAAAACGAUUGCUGCAUCAGCUCCGAGAAAUCACCAGGGUCAUGAAAGAAGGAAAAUUCAUUGACAGCCCCUCUCCAGAGAAAGAAGCUGAGGAGGCCCCUUACAUGGAGGACUGGGAAGGUUACCCUGAAGAGACUUAUCCAAUUUAUGACCUUUCAGAUUGCAUCAAGCAUAGGCAAGAAACAAUCCUGGUGGAUUACCCUGACCCAAAAGAGCCCUCUGCCGAGGAAAUAGCUGAAAGAAUGGGAGUGAUAGAAGAAGAAGGAUCAGGCCAUUUGGGGUGGGAAAUGCCUGCUGACCCCAGAGCUCAGGAAGAUAAUUCUGUUACCUCGUGUGACCCAGAGGCAGAAACAUGUUCCUGCUGUUUUCAUGAAGAAGAGGAUCCCGCUGUCUUGGCAGAGAAUGCUGGAUUUGGUGCAGAUAGUUACCGUGAGCAAGAGGAGACCACCAAAGAAAUGUGGCCCCGCGACUUGAGAGAUGAAGGGCCAGGCGUCAGUGCUGAUAAAGCAGAUCCAGGGGGCAUGCUGAGGAAGCGGGACCCCCACCGUUUAGAGUACAGACAGCCAGUUUGGUGAGGUGCCCAUUACUCUAGUCCCAAGGUGACCUUUCUCUCCUCUCUGAUUUCAUCCUUGGCCCUGUGCCCUGUAUUUCAUUCUCUGUGUUUAAAUAUCAUAGCCAAUCAGGCCACUGCCAUGGAUAUCAUGUGUCCUUCCUGGUGCUUACACACCUGUCACCUGUAAAACAUCACAGUGAUCAGUAUGAACACAAGACAGCUUCCCUCUUUCUCUUCCUGCCUUUCCUCCAUCAGAGAGUUGAUCCACUGAGUAAUUUUCCAUCUAUUGUAAUUACAGACGGGACCACUCAGGGCAGAGGUCUGACUCUUCGUGUUAGGAGUAACAGAUGGUUUACCUGUGAACGAACAUCAGAUCAUACAUGAUGAGGACAUAAGGUUGUAAGAGUGAAGAUUUCAGAGUCCAGAAUGCCUUAUUCUGUGGGCCUUGAGCAGGUUAGUAGUCCGCUGCGCUCAAGAAGAAAACCUUUUUGUUAGUGGGGAUGGUGGGGCCAGAGCAGGGUGAGACUCUGCUGUCUGAACUGAAGCCCCUUGCUCACAGCAAGGCCCUUUUUAGGAGCACCCAGGCUGCCUCAGAUCUCCACUUUUCUCCAGAGUAGAAGACUCCCACUGACCUGAGAAUGAACCCAGAGGCUUGUUGGGGGAUGGUUUUGCUCUAAUAUUGCCGGGAUCUCUAGCUUCCUUUAUCCCUGUUCUGCUUAACAGAACUGCCAAAUGCAUAAGUACCUUUGUACCUCUGGUCUUCAGUGGCCGGAGGAAACUUGAGUUAGAGACUUUAGUCCUUGCCCUGCAGAGCCAAGGUUUGAGGCUUCAGGAAAGCCUGCCGAAGGGUGGUGGUCCUGCCACGAGAUGCUCAGAAGGCCAGGGAGCCGGUGAUGGGGAGAGAACCGAUGCGCUUACAGGCAGUCCUUGCUUAGAUGCUGUUUCUGAAUGUUGUACCCUCUGGGAAAUUUGUCCUCACAACGAAUUCAAUUGAAACAGAAACGAGGAGGACUGAGCUUAUAGACCAAGUGCCAGCCCAGCAGGGAAGUUGCAGGGACCCAAUGUAGCAGUGCCCAGGAAGAGACCAUUUGCUCCAUAUUUGGAUAUCUGAGUCUACUGAGAAAGCUGGGCAAAGUAGGAGGUAGGUUAGGACUGGGAGGAUUGUGACCAAACCAAAAGCCUAAUCUCUGAGCUGCCAUCUGUCAUGUGUCUCCUUGAGGUAAGAUGUAUUCUGUCUAGUAAGGAUGAGUGAAUUCAGUUUACAGGUAAGACCUAAGAGUUUAAAGAGGACACAUUCCUGAGGAUAUUCCCAGUCAUGAAAUGCAGAAGACUUGAAAAUUAAGAAAUCAUGUAAAGGUAGACUCGGCUUUUAGAGUUCCAUUGUGCCUGGCAUGAGCAAGAGGCCAGGAAAAUAGUUUAAUCACUAUUAAAUCACAUAAGCAUAAACACUGCUGUCACAGGUACAGGAUCAUAUUAAGAUAAUGUAUCAGCUACUGCUGUGCAUUUCUUGUUAGUUAGUGACUACAGAGAAAAGUCAUUGAAGACUGAGUCUAUAGAAAGCAUAUUGUCUCUGUGUGGAACAUUUGAUUCACUUGUAAAGAAUACAGUUUAAAAUGUACUGAAAACAGUCUAGAUGUAAUGUAAUGCCGAAGGCAAAAAAUAAUGUAGGUGCUCUUUACUGUUUCGAUAAA